AUGGCUAGUAAAUCAGCAUCUGUUGAAAAUCAAUCCGCUACACAAGUACUAUGGCACUGGAAUGCAAAUUUGGAUCCAUGGUCAAAAACAGAAACACCACAAUGGAAACCAUAUUCAAAAGGAGAUAAUGAUAUCAUAGAACAAGCAUAUAAUAAAAAUCAAACUGAAACUAAGUUAGAAAAUUAUAUUAUCGAUUUUCAACAACUACUUCAAAUUAGUAAAUUUGAUAACACUAAACAAAGACCUAUAAAUAGAGUAUUAAUUCCACAAAUUAACCAAACGAAUAGUCAUACUACACAACCAUCGGGCAAAGCUUCUUCCUUUAAAGAUCUUCAUUUUAGUCGAUUUGUUAAUGAAUGGUUAAUUAAAAAUAAAAUAAAUAGCCAAAGUGAUUAUUCUAAUAUAGUAGAAAAAGCUGCCAUUGGAAUUAUUACAUAUGCAGAAAGACUUGGCGAACAGAGUGAAGCAAACUUGAUUGCCAAACAAUUAAGAAAUGUAAAAAAAUCUCAAAAGAACGAUAUUAUUAAAUGUUGUGUUAAAAUAUAUACGCAAGACACAUUUCUUUAUAGACAUGUUAAUAAAACAUUGGCAGACGAUAAUAUGAUUAAUGUAGAUACACUUGGUCCAUUUUGUUUUUUAUUAAGUUGUUUUCCUGAAGCAUUUGAACAUAUAUCAUAUAUAGGAACAAUAUAUCGUGUAGACGAGCUUGAUCGACAAAUGAUUGAAAGCUAUAGGAAUAGUAUAAAUGGUUGGAAAUCAUGGAAUGGAUUUCGUUUAACUACCAAAAAUCAUUCUAAAGCACAACAAUUUCAAGGAAAUACUUUAUUUAUUAUAACAAUAACAGAAAGUCCUAGAUUUGGAAAUGCGAUAGACAUAUCACCCGUUUCAUAUCAUCCAGAUGAUGAAGACGUACUUGUAGUUGCUGGUACAAAUUUUCGUGUUGACAAAGUUGAAAUGAAUACAACUGGAAAACAUCGUAUUUAUCUUUCGAUUGCUUAA